UACAAUAGGAGCUAUGCCAAGCAGAAUAUCGCCGUGGUCAAUAUGUAUUUUAAAGAGUAUUCCUUUCGGAGUAGCAUACAAACAGAGUUCAUAGGCACCACGGACUUUUUGUCUGCCGUUGGUGGACUAAUGGGCCUGUUUCUGGGUUUCAGUUUCAUCUCAAUAGUCGAACUAGUCUACUAUGCCAUCAUACAUCCCAUACGCUCCCUGCUACAUUUCGAAUGCGCCAAGAAGUCAUCUGUGACUGCGGAUAAGCUGGCCACUUGUGAUAAAACUACGAUGUGCCGACAAUGGUCGUCGGUUCAACGGUAUAAACGAUUGCGCAAAUACUUACGACUACGUGCAAUUUACAGCAAAGCAAACAAGGCAAUGAAGAAAAAGUUAGGCUAUAAGCGAUUGGUCAGCAAUACCGUUAAACAUGAUGCCGAACCCUCGAAGAAGGAAGUUGAUAUAAGAAAGUAG